GAAAAGUGACCUUGCUAUUAAAGUCAUCACAUGGAUAACAUCACCUCAUAAACUGAAACAAACUCCAACCGAUUAAAACAGCACCAGUCUCCUCUCGCUUUUUGGAUACACAACGUCACAAGCAUUGGUCGCACUCGUGUACCGAUGCCAGGAGAGUACAAACAAAUCACAGAAAUCGCCCACUGAAAGAGGAUAAGAUGCCGCAACAAGGCAAGAACGAGCUACCGGGGAAUGUCCGUCGGACUGUUUCCCAUACCGAUCUACAGACACUGCAGUUGCCCAGGCAGAAACCUCCAGAACAGCAACAGAAGCCGACUUCCAUCCAGGAUCUGUAUCCAAGUCCUCCUCCGCCACCCUAUCAGAAUGUGCCCCAGCAUCAGAAUAUGCAGCAGAUGAUGCAGCAGCCACAUGAUAAGCAGACUCGUAAGAAUACCCCCAAGAUGAUGCAGCAAAAUCAGCAGACGAAGUACCAGAAUCCCCCUAAAAAGGAUCCGUACGAGGGGCCUCCUCUGAAGGCUAAUCAUGAUCAGUUGAACCAGCAGCCACCUCAGGAGUAUCGAGUGUCUGCUUAUCAGAAUUGUACAGAAAAUCCUACGCAUGGGAAUCCUCAGAUAAUGCAGCCGCCUCCACAGCAAUCCAAAAUGAUGCGGCAAUGUCAUUCGACCGAAUACCAGAAUCCCCCUAAGAAGGAUCCGUAUAUAAAGCAGCUACAGCAGGAGUAUCGGGAGGAAUGUUUUUGCAUUUCACUUAAGCAGCUGUCGCAUUCGAAUCAUUCACAGAAGCAGCUGUUCUCGAAUGAUCCUCAAGAACAGGCACAGCGAAAUCUGAGCCAGAAUAAAGCACCUGCUAGACGAUGCAGCUCCAUGGCCAAAGUCGUUCCAGUGCCACGUACAGAGUGCAACAGCCGCCAGGUGCCGCAUAACCUUUGUAGGAACGCGGACUCUCGCCCACCCUCAUUCAUGGCCGAUAAAGCCAAGGAGAUAUUUUCACCCGAAGGCUGCGAUAAGGACAACCACAAGAUGGGAUCCAAAGGCAAGCUGUCAAAAUACGAGAAUCAGCUGUCUGGCACGGAGAGCAACUGCAGCUCCACGACAGCGUCUGUUAUCAGUGCGAAGAGCGGGGACGAACUGCGUUCCAUGGUCCUUGAGGAGCUGAAGCUGCAGUUGGCGCUUAGGGGACUUUCCAAUAUGUCCUUCAAGUCGAAGGAGAAAGCAUCCACAAGUGCAUGUGCAGCUCUGGAGACGGGGCCGCAGGUCGAUUACAGUAAUGAUGAUGUAGAUGAAAUAGUGAAAUGCAAGGUCAUCACUCCCAUGAUACGUAAGAUACAGAAAACGUAUCUUAAAAAUCUUCGCGACGAGAUUGAUCUGGUGGAGUAUCUGGAGCGGGUGCCAGCUGCCAUCAGUGAGCUGUGCAAGAACGCUGGUAUUAAGGACCAGAGCAAACUAAAAAAGUGA